AAAAUAAUACGAUAAAUAAUUUUAUUUUAAUGUGUUUCUAGACAGUUGAAACUUAAGUUUGAAAGUUUUAUUCAUCAGUUUCGAAGAUCUGCUGCUGAGCUUCCAUUACAAAUCUAAAGAAAAUUUGUCUGUUUAAUUUCUUUGAUUUUUUAUUGUGAGCUUUUGAAUUGUGCAAUGGGAACCAAAGAUGACGAAUACGAUUAUCUUUUUAAAGUUGUCCUGAUUGGAGACUCCGGCGUUGGAAAGAGUAACUUGCUUUCCCGAUUUACAAGAAACGAAUUCAAUUUGGAAAGUAAAAGCACAAUUGGGGUGGAAUUUGCAACAAGAAGUAUUCAAGUUAAUGGCAAAACCAUAAAAGCUCAAAUAUGGGAUACAGCAGGACAAGAAAGAUACCGUGCAAUCACAUCUGCGUAUUACCGUGGUGCUGUUGGGGCAUUACUUGUGUACGACAUUGCUAAACACCUCACUUACGAGAAUGUGGAAAGGUGGCUGAAAGAACUUCGGGAUCAUGCUGAUAAUAACAUUGUGAUUAUGUUGGUUGGGAAUAAGAGUGAUCUGAGGCAUCUAAGAGCUGUUCCAACAGAUGAAGCUAAAGCUUUUUCAGAGAAGAACGGUUUAUCAUUUAUUGAAACUUCUGCACUUGAUUCAACAAAUGUAGAAGUUGCGUUUCAAAACAUCCUUACAGAAAUUUACCUGAUCGUAUCCCAGAAACAAAUAAAUGAUUCAAACAAUGAUGAGGAAGUAAAAGAUGGCCAACCGGUUGAUAUUGUCAUCUCAUCUACUAACCCCCAACCUAACAAGCAGUCGCAAUGUUGUAAAAAUAUCUAGUUUCACCUGCUGCCCCAUACGCACAUGUGACCCUGCAGAAAUUGGGGACCUCAGCCGCUGUGAUCGGCAUUUUCUCUGCGCUUGACAUAAAUCACAGUGGCCAAUUUCAAAUCCAAUUGUGAUUCGGUUGUUAUUCCUAUUGUAAAGCCAAUUUUGUAUUACUUUUAAUAUAUUCGCAUACCGAUUAUAGGGUUAUUUAACAUAUAUAUUUUCUCUUGCAUAAAUUUCUAUAUGCGAGUCGAAAGUUGAGCAACUUGUUAGUGGAAUAUCCACUUCUUUAUAAAAUAUGCCUGAGCAAAUUAUCUUUAUCGAAGGUCAAAACCUGCUUAAUUUUAACACAUUUCACUCAAGGAUAUAAAACUAACAUACUGACACACUGUUACCAUUUAAAUAUCUUGUUUAGCUGUCUGUAUUUGGAACGACUUUUUUUUAAAAAUCAGUCUGUUUAAACCUUUAGUAGGUGCUAAUGCAUACAAGGUAGUUGUGUGCUUGUGGUUGGUAAACAUGUGUAAAUUUUAGUCAUGACGUUCAGUGAACUGAUUGCUUUCCUUCCCACCACUAAGAAUUUAAAAUUGUUUCAUGAAAUAAUAUUCCAUGGUUGUCUCGAAAUGGACAGUGUUGAAAAUUUCUCAUAAACAUGUAUUUAACAUUCAAUUUCACAAUAAGCAUGUUUGUCACCAUACCACAGCUGCUGGUUUUGUCUUAAAAGGCUGAUCAGCUUAUAGAUAGAGUAGUUCUUGUUAUAACCUGGUGUGUUGAGUGAUUCAUGAUUCGUUAUAUCUAUCGUGUACAUAUAUUCCGUGCAUUGCUUUAUUAUAACCUUAUAUUACGUGCCGGCAAUUUAGCUCAUCAUUAAAAUAAUUAAAACUUGA